GGGAUUCCUUACCGUCCGUCUUUCCCUCCUUCCUUGUUUCCCUUCCAUAACCCCAUCGCUAAUCCUAAGCGGCCUGGCUCGCUACCUCUCCUUCCGUCCCCAACCCCCCGCUCAGGCUGCCCCCGCCUCUUCAAUCUGAUCCAGAUGAAGGACCCCAAGCUGCGGGUCGCCUUCUACUACGCGUGCCGCGACACGCUGGUGGCAGCGGACCUCAACCAGGCCAGCCGCAUCGGCUACAUGGGUGACAGGCGCUUUGGCCGCGUGAUCACACUGCAGCGACGUUGCCUUCUUGUCCUGGAGGAGCUAGAGUCAGAGAUGGCUGCUUGCGGCGAGAACAUCAGGGUGACCAAGAAGGAGACUACCGCUGCCAUCGUAACUGGAUACGCAUAGCUGGGACUUACAGUAGUCAUAGAGGGAGGGAGAGAACGUGAAAUGCCGUGGGUCGAGCACAUCAACACCCUUCUGAUAUUGCUAGCAACGAGCCCUCCCUCCUUGUCGUUUUCGAUGAGCGGGUCGACUAGGUAAAACCCAUCUCCUUCCCGAUUGCCUCCUCUUGCUGCCGUCAUUCUACAGGUGCUGCUCGGCAAGCAAGCGUUGGAGGAGAUGGGCAAGAAGGCGGGCGCUGAGGCUGAGGCCGUACGUCGCACGCAUGGUAAGCUGCGCCAGACGUUCGCGGUCAUCCAGGCUGCGGAGGCCAGGAUCGAGG